AGCAGCCUCCUCCUCCUCCUCCUCCGUUCUGAGCAAAUAAUUGAAAACGCGCGUUAGCGAGGCAGCAGUCGCAGAUCUCCAGCCCGCCAGUCUUCUCUCCUUCCCUCUCAGCCUGUUCUGCAGGUACGCGCGGAGUUUCUCUUCCCGCCUCCCCCUCGGCCGCUGCCGGCGUAGCGAACCUGCGAAGGAGACUCUCCCCUCUCCCCAGCGCGGUCCACCGAAACAUGGCUGCGAUCCUCGACCUCUCGUCCAGCCGCUCCCGGCUCCGGCUGCUUCUCCAACUCUCCGUAGCCUUCUGGCUGCCACGGGGCAGCUGCACGCCCAGCUCAGCGCCGGCUGACGCGCAGGAGCGGCUUCGCCCGGAGCCCCUGCCGGAAUCCGCCUUGCAGAAGCCCACCGUCGUCUUAGCCGUCAUCGCCAGGAACGCUGCCCGCUCUCUGCCCCACUUCCUUGGCUGCGUGGAGAAGUUGCGGUAUCCCAAGAACAGGAUCGCCAUAUGGGUAGCCACUGACCACAAUGUUGACAACACAACAGAGCUCCUGAGAGAGUGGCUGAAGAAUGUACAAAAGUUAUAUCACUAUGUGGAGUGGAGGCCAGUGGAUGAUCCUCCGUCUUACCCUGAGGAAAUUGGGCCCAAACAUUGGCCAAACUCCAGGUUUACCCAUGUGAUGAAGCUGAGGCAGGCUGCUCUGAGAACUGCCAGGGAAAAGUGGUCUGAUUACAUCAUGUUCAUAGAUGCCGAUAAUUUUCUGACGAACCCAGAAGUCCUGAAUCUCAUGAUGGCAGAAAAUAAGACUAUUGUGGCACCAAUGCUUGAAUCUCGCUCUCUGUACUCUAACUUCUGGUGUGGAAUGACACCUCAGGGCUACUACAAGAGAACACCAGAUUAUACCCUGAUCAGGGAAUGGAAAAGGACUGGCUGCUUUGCAGUCCCAAUGGUUCACUCCACAUUCCUGAUUGACCUGAGAAAAGAGGCAUCAGAUAAACUGAUGUUUUAUCCCCCACAUCAGGACUAUACCUGGACCUUUGAUGACAUCAUUGUCUUUGCCUUCUCAAGUCGACAAGCAGACAUUCAGAUGUACAUCUGCAACAGAGAACACUAUGGUUUCCUGCCUGUGCCCUUGAAACCUCACCAGACACUUGAGGAAGAGAUUGACAAUAUUGUUCAUGUUCUGACUGAGGCGAUGAUUGACCGUCCUCCAGUUGAACCUUCGGAGUAUGUCACAGUUCCUACAAAGCACCCAGACAAGAUGGGAUUUGAUGAGAUUUUCAUGAUAAACCUGAAGCGUCGAAAAGACAGGCGGGAUCGAAUGUUGCGAACUUUGUAUGAGCAGGAAAUUUCAGUCAAGCUAGUGGAAGCUGUGGAUGGAAAGGCACUGAAUACAAGCCAGCUAAAAGCUCUCAACAUAGACAUGCUUCCUGGAUACCAGGAUCCUUACUCCUUAAGGGUGCUGACCAGAGGAGAGAUUGGAUGUUUUCUUAGCCACUACUAUAUCUGGAAAGAGGUGAUGGACAGGGAAUUGGAGAAGAUCCUGGUCAUUGAAGAUGACGUGCGCUUUGAGCAUCAGUUCAAGAAGAAACUCACAAAGUUAAUGGAUGAUAUUGAGAGAGCCCAGCUUGAUUGGGAGCUCAUAUACAUUGGCCGGAAACGGAUGCAGGUCGAGCGUCCUGAAAAGGCUGUUUCCAAUGUCAUGAACCUUGUGGAGGCUGAUUACUCUUAUUGGACACUGGGCUAUGCCAUCUCCUUGCAAGGGGCACAGAAAUUGAUUGGAGCUGAACCUUUCAGCAAGAUGUUGCCUGUUGAUGAAUUUUUGCCUGUCAUGUACAACAAACACCCAGUUGCCAAAUACAUGGAAUACUAUGAACCGAGGGACUUGAAAGCCUUCUCUGCAGAGCCUCUGCUGGUCUAUCCAACACACUACACUGGGCAGCCAGGGUACCUCAGUGACACAGAGACAUCCACAAUCUGGGACAAUGAGACUGUGGCCACUGACUGGGACAGAACACUCUCUCGAAAAUCACGGCAGCAGGGCCAGAUCCACACAGAUGCCCAGAACAAGGAUGCUUUGCCACCUCAGUCCUCUCUUGAUGCAUCGUCUGCCAGAGAUGAGCUAUGACUGUUCACUUGGCCAAGGGACCCUAACGACAUUGGCAACAGCAGCCACUUGCACCAUCUUUUGGCCUAGAAUCUUCCAGAGAUAUUAACGUUCUGUUUUAACUGACAGAUAUGGUCAAUUUGAUCUGACUGGCUUUAUCUAAACAGGAGUCUCUUGUUUUGUAAGGAGUGUUGUUGAGCCUGAUUGAGUCAGGUUGGCAGACUUCUGAGAAAUGCAUUGACAGUAGCCCUUUCCCCCCCACUUAUGGGCUUGUACCUUGGAAACCUCUGUUGAGCUGCUGGAGGACUCUACAGAGCAGUGAGUUUACACUCUGAAAGGACAAAGGUUCCUUAAAUAACGUCUUUCUACACUUCCUUGUGUAGAAUUAUUGUAUUUAUAAAGAUUAAUAUAUACAGGAGUUAGGAGAGAUGUACAGGCCCUUUCAUGUUAAUUAUUGGACUGCUGCUGAGUUUUGUUAACCAUGUUCUCAGAGAAUCGUAUGGGGAGGGGGGAUUCCCCCCCACAUGUUACUGUCAAAAAUGGUCCCACGUUUCUUAUUUAUCUGAAUUCCUAGUAGAUGUAUAUUUUUCAAUCAUGUGAGGUCACAAGGGUGCCAAUAGCUUGUGUUUAGUCAUAAAUACAGGGACUGGUGGUAGUGAUUGUUACUAGGAAUUUCUGUAACUUCCAAACUGCAAAAUUCAUAGUCAUCUGUCUACAAAGCCCUCCUCACCACAACCGCAUGAGAGCUAAGAUGUUUAGUACUAGAUCACACAUCUUUGGCAAUUGGCAGCAAGGGGUAGUUGUAUGAAUGAGGCAUUCUAGAUUAAAUCCUACAGGGAGAACGUAAAUAUCCUCUCGCACACAAUGCCUGUUGGUUUGGAUUCAGUUGACACAUUCAGCAGCAGAUUACCAAAUCACACAUUGGCAAGUGUGACUAGACCCCUCUGACUUCUGCUGUGCUUAUGACUCAUUUUCACCCAGGUCUCCCAGUUCCAAGCUGAGCACUUGUAUAUAAAUGAGGCAAUCCCGGCUCAGAUUAAGAUCCUGUGGUAUUCCCUUCACACCUUAGAACAGUUGUCUCUGACCUCCCAAACAUUGCAGCCUCUAGGCCUGGGCACAGAUGCCUUUUUAAAAACUGGUAUAUUGUCUGGAAUGUUUGUCUGUCAGUCAGUUAAUCCCAUGAUUCAGCUGUCAUCACCACAGAAUCCUGUCUCUGUUUUCCCCGUUUCAUUUAGAUAAAACAGUGAAUGUAAACUGA